UACUUUUAAUGUAUUUUACGACGGCUGAUGAAAUGAUAACAACAAUCUAAAAGCGGUAUUUAUUCACAAACUAAUUUCACAAACCACUUUUCGCUAUUCACAAAGAAGAUUCAGAUAUUAUAGUGCAGUGGAAUUAAUCUUUACGGAUUACUAGUACGAUCAUCCUUGCUGACGACAGUGUGAGAAAAUCGUGCAGGGACAGACAGUAAUAAUGAACGACCCUAAUGUCGCGUUAAAAGUGACAAUUUACUGUCCGGAGUGGUGAAUUACAAGGAAAAAACGACAAAUGAUCUUCUGAUGUUACUGAUAAACAUGAACACGAGUACAGUUCUAAUUUAGAAACCGUAAUCAGUGUAUGUAACGGGAUUAAUUUGUCUAGAUGGAUUGGAUUUGUGUCAUAAGGAUUUGACAAGAACUCGUUCUUCACAAUUCAUUAGGAAGCACGAAUAGGACAACCUGUUACACAUCAGAACAUAAUUACUUCUCACAAGAGGCGUAUCAGACAAUUAUGACAUCAAAAAGACUUUAUUAUUGUUCAAAGCACCUGUAAAAAUAACAGACACUUACAUUCUGGAUUACCAUGCAUUUAAGUUUCCAAAACGUUCAGAAUGUGUGUAACACAACAAUAAACUCAAAGUAAACUGCUCUCGUUAUUUCCCUGGGGUAAUAAUCCUAGGCGUGUGAGCUACAAGGAGUCUAGCUAUGUUAACGGAAAACACUAUGAGUUGUACCAGAUACUUAAAACAAAAACCAUAAGCCGAUUAGAGCUGCCAAGUAUUCAAUUUGUCUUUGUUAAUGAGGACGCAUACGCUAGGUAUUAUUAUUUUCUCAUGCAAAUGUAAAUGACUACCUCGAGAAUUGCCUUGUAAGAGAAUUGUAAAGAGGCUAGUGUUUAUUAGUUUGUCAUGAAGAAAGAUGCCAAAACCAUUAUCGGGACGCGCUAACUGCGAAAGAAACAGGACUUGUCGUUAACUUCUUUCGCCGUUGCUAUGGUCGAAGGGAUUCCUUUUGUAACCUUAGACACUUAGUGAGAAUAUCUUGGCUAAUGGAUGACGGUCGUGAAUUUCUCUACUCGCCUGGUGGGCUUCGAUGGAAUCAGAUUAUGAAUAUGAUAAAACAAAUGUAGCAAGCGGGACCCUAUUUGUGAACGCGAACAGAGAAUAUUGGAAUCGAUUGGUUUUUGGAUCAUUUGCAGACAGUGGAUUUGUCUGUUUUCUGGAAGAGUGUUAUCUUUGUUCCUCUGAUGGGUAGUCAAAUGUGACUUGAUGCGAUUGUGAUAUAACAUACUUACACACACUUUAAAACAGGAACGACGAAAAUAAUAAUAAAAAUGGAGUUUCAGUGAUGAAAGGAUAUACAUGGUAUGCUUGUUAAAUUCAAAUUGACGUUGUACAAGAAACAGUGUUUGAAAAGGACUGGUAAAAGUUUGUUGUAAUACCAACAAUUUGUGCUGAAAUAUUUAAAACGUUUAAUUUAAAACUAUGAAAAUUCAUAUGAUAUUAGCAACAUUGCUUGCAUAUUUAACAGAAGCAAUAUUGGAAGAGAAAAGUUGUGAUUUUGAAAAUGGAUUUUGUGAAUUGACACCGAAAAACGGAUUUAAAAUUUACACAGCCGAAAAUAUAACGACGCCUGUAUGUGGACGUAUGUGCACACUUCUGCAAAGGACACAAGGAUCAUACGCUGUGUUGUCAUCAGCAGCAGCAACUGAAAACCCUGAUCAGCCGUCAACACUUUCCAUCAACCCGGAUAACAUAACCUCUCAACAAAACGACUCUACUCAGAUUUGCGUAGAAGUUUUUGUUUCUCUCAGUUCGGAACAAGAUGAUGAACAGCUUACAUUUUCCGUUGUUAAUGAGGAUGACGAUUCUCAAAACGUUAUAGAAAAUCUAAAAAUCAACACAACCAAUGGAUGGCAGAUGCGCAGAAUACAUUUUCUGGCACCAGAGUUUCAUAACAGCAUUGUGAUCGCUGCCAAUCUGAAGGGAAAAAACAGUGUUUUGGCACUGACAAACUUCUCCUUGCAUGAAACAUGUACUGCUGAAUCCAAUGAUAUACCAUCUACCUGUGCUGAGCAGAAGGAGUUUGUCUGUGCCGAUGGAGCCUGUUUAUCAUGGGACAAAGUCUGUAACUUAAAAGACGACUGUGUGGACGGCUCGGAUGAGAACAUUUGCGAUUCCCUGCCAACACAUGCGAUGUGCACCUUCGAGGAGGAUACGUGUGGCUGGACAAACAUGUUUAAUGAUCCAAAAGCACGGAACGAACAUUUCGAUUGGACACGACACCAAGGCCCAAGUCCUACACCAGAUACAGGGCCAAAAGUGGACCACACGCUUGGAACAACAGAAGGAUUCUAUAUGUAUAUCGAAUCAACAAAUCGUACAAUGCUAGAUUUUGCAACCCUACACAGCAUGGUUAUGCCACCUAGGUCGGAGGACUUAAAUGGGAAUUGUAAACUACGCUUCUUUUUCCACAUGUACGGUCGAACUAUUGGUGAGCUUGAGGUCAGCGUCGUUGACCUUUGUGCCGAGAACCCACUUCAAAGAGGCCCACAUAGACUCUGGCAUAAGGAAGGAAAGCAGGGCAAUAAUUGGAUGUAUGCUGAGGUUCCAAUAGCAAACACAACAUCUUGGUGGAUGAUAAAUAUACGAGGAUCCGGAGGGUUUCACAGUCACGGAGAUACAGCUAUAGAUGACGUCACAUAUAGUCCUGAAUGUUUCGGAAUCCAGCAUAAUGCAAGCCAUUUUACGAACAAAUCUAGCGAACAAGAAAUGACAUUUAAAACGUUCUUGCUUGAUCCAAAGACAUACUGCAAGAUACGACAUACAGGUGGAACACGCUCCGCAAAGGUCACGAGUUCAGAUCGGGAAACAGACUUGGAAGGCACAAGUGGUGACCCAGUCACAGUUGGAUUAACAUGGGCAAAACACCCAUCUCCAAAAAUCAGGGUAGAGUACAUCAUUGUGAUAACAGUGUCAGCCGUAACAGUGGCGAUCGUCAUGGGAACGGUAUUACUAUGUAUAGCAAUUAAGAAACAUAAGGUUUCAAGUAGCCAGACACCUAGAUUGGAAUUGGUGACAACCGUCUCAGACGACAAUUUCUCAUCGCCUGCCGUACAUCCAUCAACAAUAGAUAUGCAGCUCAGAUGUGUCGUGACAGAGCUCAAUCCGAAUUAUGACUUUAUCACAGCCAAAUAUCCUGAACAGCAGCUCAGAGAAAUCCCGCGAAAUAAACUGCAAUUAAUUCGAUUACUCGGACAAGGAGCAUUUGGCGAAGUAUAUGAGGGAACACUGACGAACAUGUGUGCCAAUGUACGCGAGCUUCAAGUAGCUGUCAAGACAUUGACAGCUUUAAGCACUGAACAAGCCGAAACUGAUUUCCUAAUGGAAGCUGUAAUAAUAAGCAAGUUUAUGCACAAAAAUGUCGUGAAGUGUCUUGGUGUGUGUUUUGAGGAGCAUCCAAGAUACAUAAUCCUUGAGCUGCUAGAGGGAGGCGAUCUUAAAACCUUCCUGAGAGAUUCAAGGCCGAAAGGGGACCAAGCUUGCACGGUAUCGAUGGAGGAAUUGUUAAAGCUGUCGUUAGAUGUCGCUAACGGUUGUAGGCACCUGGAAGAAAAGCAUUUUGUCCAUAGGGACAUAGCAGCUAGAAAUUGCAUCUUAACAACAAGAGGUCCAGGAAGAAUUGCCAAAAUAGCAGAUUUCGGCAUGUCCAGAGACAUAUACAGUGCGGACUACUAUCGGAAGGGCGGGAAAACAAUGCUGCCAAUUAAGUGGAUGCCUCCUGAGGCUUUUUUAGACGGUGUUUUUACCUCAAAAACGGAUGUCUGGUCGUUUGGUGUUCUUCUGUGGGAGAUAUACACGCUUGGCUACAUGCCAUACCCAGGGCAAACGAACAGUGACGUCAUGCAUUUUGUGUCGUCAGGCGGUCGUCUGGAUCCACCAGAGCAAUGUCCCGGUAGAUUGAAUAAGAUAAUGAUCCUAUGCUGGAACUCUAUAGCGGAUAUUCGACCGUCCUUCAGUGAAAUUAUCGAGCUUCUAGACAUGUGCCUUCAAGACAAUGAAGUUUUAGAUGCCCCAGUCGGAACCUGCCAGUUUCUCACGGCGGAGUAUUUCAAGGAUGCCUCGACUCUUGCCAAUUCUGUUACAUGUGAGGAAGAUAGCGUGGACAAAAGCACUGAAACACUUGACUCUCCUACUAAUAUGAUCGAGAACAGAGACCAAAUUACAGACACACUUGAUUCGCCCACAAAUGUUGCCGAGUUCCGAUCAACAAUGGAGUCAGAAAGUCGGGAGCCGCUGCUCCUGUCCUCACCUGAUUAUUGAGUCUCAAUAUCAAUGGUGCAAAAUAUCUCUAGAACAAAUAGUUCAUACAUGUUUUCACCUUCCUGGUUUUGUGAAGUUAAGGAAGUCGUAGUGUGGGUUCAAACGAUGGUUUAAAGGGUAUUUCCUCCAUAAUAGGGCAUGUUACUUGUCGGUAGUAAAUAUUUCUGCUCCAGAGAUGUAAAUUACUAUUCUCUAAUAUAUUUAUGGUUUAUUAGUUAUGUGUUUGUUCCGUCAAACGCAGCUGAAGAAUAUGGUAAAGGUAAGUUAUCACCGUUCACCUUGCACGAACCUUCUCAUAUCCGUACGGAGUUAAUCACAAAUUAGGAUAUCGGUCAAACGCUUAAAAUGUUUUCAAGGUAUGCAUACCUUGAUCAUAUAGCACUCAAGAAGCAGUCCACACGUACACUUUCCCGAACAAGGUGUUUCUAAUCUAUCAUCUGUUCGAUUAAAAGUCGUCUUAGAUUUGCUUUGGUCUGCUUCAUUUUGUAAAGAUUAAUUAAAUUUGGAAUUUGAUAAAACAAUUUGAGACUGGUACUUUUUCAUGCUUGAGUUAUUUAUGUUUUCUGUUUUAUAUCAUUAUUUGUGAAUGUUCCGGGUAUGUUAGUGAAGCAUAUCGUAUAAGAUUGUUUGGAAGUUGCAUAUAGGCAACUCUUUGAAACGGAUUACACGAAACGGAAUAAAUGUUAGAAACGACCACCCUUAGGAGAAAGAAAAACUGGUCUCCUAAGACAGGUGGUCUCUUAACUAAGGAUUUGAGUGUGAUAUAUAUACAAAAGAGAACUAUGAUGAUUUCAAUCCAUUUUGUAUGUGUGUUUAAACGUAAUUAUCAAUGAAACAGUUAUAAAUAUAAGAACAGAUAGUUGUACUUCAUCAGAAUUGUAUUAUUUUAGCAAUAAUAGUUCCUAAAACAAAUUCCAUUAUCUUGUUUAUAAUUUUUAAAAUGUUCCAAAAGUAUUUCUUAAACAACUUCAACAAAAUCAGAUAUGUUACAUUGUUUCUGGUUAAGUCUGGUUAAAAUAAAAUGUUCUUAUCAAUAUCAAACAUAUGCUAAAUAAUAGCAGAGUUGUCUUUACAAAAGCUACAUAAUCAUCAAUAUAAAUUCCAGUUUUCGUUUACUGACGGAAUUUGAAUUUGCCAACUCCCAAUUUAUUUGCCAUUUUACGACAAGAAUGCAUAAAGUUAUUUCUUACUUGUAUUUUCUUUUCUUCUUAGAUUUAAACUUGACGUUUUGCCGACAAUUUGUAUUACUAUUUGUACACAGCCAAUAUAAACAAUACGUCCAAUAAACGUUUCCACAACUGCUCGGCACGUAGAGAUAACAGCUUUUCGGCUGGCUAAUUUACUCGAUAGAGGUCACGUAACACAUAUGCAAUAGGAAUGUACACUCGGUCGUUAGUCGCGUUUGAAAGUUGGAAGCUAAUUUAUGUUUAAUUAACGUUUAGAAACGGUUAGAAGGAAUUUAGAACGGACGAGCAACGCAUAUAAGCGCUUGUUAAAAAUGGUUGAAAGGAACAGAUUUCACUGUACAUGUAUAUACAUCUGACUUAUGUGCCAUUUAUUCGAAAAUUGAAAAUUCUGACAUGUUUGGUUUUAUAUCUGUUUUAUGUUCCUUUCAUUAUAGUAUGUAACAUAUUAUAAGAAAACUACUGUAGUUUUCUCUGUGUUUAGUUUCAAAUGUAAUGAAAUAUGAGUUACAAUUAAUCAACAAAUCUGCUCAAUGGUCCCGUGAAAAUGUUUAUGUAUUGUUCUUUUUUGAAAAUCUUCCUUGCAGUUAAAUAAGAUAACAAUGUAAACUGUCUGUAUGUGAAUUUCGAAUGACUGGUGACCCCAUAUUGUGUUGGUAUCAUUUCAAAGGGUUUUUACGUGUAGAAAGAAUAAUGUAUAAAAAGUAUCGAUCAAAUUUUCUGCAUUUUUAGCCUUACAUAAUAACAUGAUUGGUAGUACUUGGUUGAUUCCAAUUUAAACAAUAACAACGAAAUGCAAACUGCCAAUUCUUUAUUUGUAAUGUUUUGUUUUUCAGUCAUUCACUUUUGAUUUAGAAAUCGAGCAGUACCCUUAAAAUGAUACCAAUGCUACAAGGUAGCAAAUUAAUUGAGGAAAUUUUUUAUAUGUACCUCAUAUACUUAACAACAAACUUCAAUCCCUGCGCUAAAACAUAAAAAUGAUAAUCUCAAAUAUUCUUUAGGUUUUUGUAAAUUUCUUUAUUUGUAUAACAGAAAUGUAUCUAUGCAAUUAUGUUCCAGUAGUAUUGAAACAACUAUUCUUAAAGGCACAUGUAGAUUGAAUAUAAUUAGGGACAGAGGCUGUUUGUAGAGCUUAAUGCAUUUAAUAAAUGAAAUUUGAAUGUAGAAGGGCACCUAAAUACGAGUUUGAUUCAAGGUAGUAUUUAUAAACGUUCAAUUAGUAUUUGAACUAAAUAAAUGUAGCAACAGUUAAAAAUAUUUCAAAACAUUGUGUUAAAAUAAGGCUCUGUUACGUCCUGAUAUUGAUGACGAGGACAGACUAUUUUUCUUGGUGCUUAUAAAGUUAAUGUUUGUUUGUUACCAGAUGGUAUAAACAUUUGGUCAAUGUUAUUAUUGAUGUUAUUCCAUAUGAUUUAUAUCAUUCCAUUGUUAUGUUAUGUUUGUUACAUUGUUUAUAGAACAAAUGCACACCGGUGUUUGCAUGAUAUGUCAUUUGAUUUAUGACAUGUGGUCAUAUGUCAUACGUAUAACCGUAAUGUCAAGAAUAUUGUGAAUAAA